CUGCCCAGAGUUUAAGCGCAAGCUGCAUGCGCAAUUCCCGCCGCGAAAGGUGUCGUAGAGAAGAAGCCUUAUCCUUUUCCUCUUUUCGAAGGAGUGAGACACCUAGUGGAUGCGUUUGAUUCAUGCCAUAACUGAACCUGUUUUUUCCGAGUACGUCUGACAGUAACUUCUCUCUUCUCGGUAGUAUUUGUACCAUGCUGUCUGCUUUCGGCUUGAUCAACAGGUAGGCUAUUGUUUCAAGAGGAAUAGAGAGAGCGACUGUGACUAUGUGUGUUUGCAUUUUAUCUGAAGGGUAUCCUUUUGGCAUCUUCCUCCCACUCAGAGACAGACAUAAUGCUGUUGCUGAAAAGUAGGUCUUCGCCAGCAGUCCUCAGUUGAACUGAGCAAUUUGUGUCGGUUGCCUAUUUUUCGCUUAUUCUUCAAGUGUUGCCGAAUCGCUGACAAUUUCGACAGAUUUUUUUCUGUUGUAGAAGACGUGUGUUGAAAGACUCAGCACUCUGUUAAAGCUGGACUGGCACCACUACUCAGUCCCCUCGUCAUAGUUGUCCGUCAGCCACAGAAAACGAGGUGCGCAAGCCUAGACCAGCUUUGCGGUUUGUUGCCUGUAAGUACAAAGCGCAUCGCACAAAACAGACACAAACAUGUCGGUCUUUCAAAAGGCCGAGAAUGGACCAAUCGACACUGGGAAACCACAGAUACUUUCAUUUAUUGCAGAUGGUCGACGGACAGUUCACACAACAUAUCCGGAUAAGUCUGAGAAAGUGGAAGAGUACGAUCUUCGCGAUGACACGGUGUUGGUUCGUAAAUUCCGUCGACCUCCCGCCCUUUUCGGGCAGGAGGGCAUGUGGGAGUACGAGAUCGGCGCUCCGCGGCAAGGGAUGGACGCUGUCGUCGCGAGCAGUGACAGAAAUGAGAUAGUUAUGGCACCCAGUACUUCCUCUCCCCUCUGCGUUAUGCGAGAUACAAAAGGGGCUUUCGAGUGGCGGAUACGUAAUCUCCCUUAUCCACGUGAUACAUAUAUUGUUCAAAUUGAUGGAGACGCCAGCGAAAUCGUUAUCAGCACCACAAACAAAAAGUACUACAAACGGCUGCGCAUCAGCGACAUACAUGCACUCGGCCUUCAGCUGAAUCUUGAAAGCCUCUCUUGGACUCAUCAACAUAACACACUGGUUGUCUCCUACAAAAAGCCACAAAAAGUCCUGGAUCUCGAGAGGAAACGCAGAGAAGAAGCGAAGCGCACCUCCCUUAGUGUGGGCUGAUCGACAACGGUUUGUUAACAGCUUUCCUCCACUUCCGAAAAGCACGCGCCGCCCUUGUUUGGUAGGUUUUCGUCCCGCGACUUCACAGAUAUCUAUGUGCACGUAUUCGUAGCUGCAUAUUUAAAUGGAAUGCUUGGAAGUUUCUUUCUCUGUAAAGAAUUGGCAUUGAGUCGCGUUUUGACACAUAAAGCACUGUCCACCGUCGCCGCUGUCUGAAUUCGUCACUAGGUUGGAAUGCCUGAUAUUACACCGCAUAAGACAUGAAUUCUCAAAAACGCACUUCUUACCAAACGACUUUGCGCCCAAUCUCCUGAGUGGUCCACUCUAUGGACAGCGUUUCAGACAUUUGUCUGCCACAUUUUCUGUAGCCGGUCUCUG